GGAAAGAGAGCACUCAACAUUCAACAACAUUGAUUGUUGCCUAAAUAAUAAAUCCAUAAAAUAUUAUUCCCCAAGUUUUCAAUCUAAAUCUUCUAAGUUUGGACCGGGAAGAAUUCGACUGGUGAAGAAGUGGUUACCAAACACUGUACGCAUUUUUGCCCUUUAACUGAAAUCAAAUUUGUUCUAACAAUGCUUCAGUUGUACACAUAGCAAUACACUGUGUUGUGAUCUAAACACUAAUCCAACGGCCAUGGCUCACUGGAUCUCUUCCAAGCUCAAAGUCGCCGAAAACCUCCUUCAUCAGAUAGAUCAACAAGCAGCUGAUUCACUUCGUAAGAGUGAGAAGCAGCGAUCUGAUGAUAUAGAUCGCGAAAACAUAGCCAAAACGAAUGAAAACAAGCCACUUAAGGACCAGUUCAAGAAGAAAAGCCUCGAAACAAAUGAUAUAAUCCAGAAAUCCAAAUAUGAUCGUAAUUCAUCUUCUAUUAGCCUGGAUAAGAGCAAUAGCUUUGGCAGGAAUAAUAGUUAUAAGGCACAUAAGGAAGCUGUGACGCCAAUAGAUUCGGUACAUAAGGGAGCUGCGACGCCAAUAGAUUCGAGCCCCAAGUCCAGUACCAAUGCGCUUACUGAUAAUGAUUGGACUGAAUUGCUAAGUGCACCGAGUUCCACUGCUGGGGCGACUACUGGUAGUAAUGGAGUGGGAAGUACUCGUAGUGGUCGGAAUGAUGGUAGAAAGCAAAAGAGUUUGGGCUCCGGGUCAAAUUUGCCAGCUGUAGGAGGGAAACAGAGCCAGAAACCUCAAAAGGUUGUUAAGAGUGUUAAAGGAUCAAAUAUUCAUUCAGAGAAUGAGGUAAACAGUAGAAGGUUAGACAGAAAAGCUAGAACUUCAAAUGUUGAACUCAAAAGUGAUGGGGAAGGUUUGGGAAAAGGGGACCGUCAUCGGAAACACGAGGAUGUGAAGUCCUUCUGUGGAAAUAAGGAUGAACAAAUUGAAGUAAAGAAUGAAGGUUUGGAGGUUGUUAAGGACGUAGAGAAGUCUCCAGUGAACAGUCGUUCUGAAGAUAAGAGCCUUGGCAUUGUACCUGGGUCUUCCACUCUUGAUAAGGAGUUGGACAUAAAGAAUCAGCUGGAUGAUAAUCAGAGGAUUAGGCCUGUGAAGGCUACGGUUGACAGACCAAAAAUGGACUCUCCAAGUUCGACUUCUCUGAAGAUGAGCUCUUCUUCACCUAGUAAUGCAGAGUCUGAUUCUGAGACAGAUUCAACAUCUUCAUCAGGCUCGGAAAGUGAACGUGAAAGAGAAGAAAGGAGAAGAAGAAGGCAACAGAUCCUGGCUGAAAAAGCGGCUGCAAAAGCAAUGGAAGCUAUAAAAGAACGUGAGAACAAGGUUGCUAAAUUGGAAGGGGAGAAACAGAGCUUAGAAAAAAUACUUGAAGAGCGGGCCAAACAACAAGUUCAAGAGGCUUCUGAGUUACAGACGAACAUGAUGGAAACAAUGGAAGCUGUUGAGUUGGAGAAACAGAAACAUAAUAGUACUAGAAUGGAAACUCUUACACGAUUAGCAAAGCUUGAGACUGUAAAUGCUGAACUUGCAAGGUCUCUCGCUGCUGUUCAACGGAAUCUUGAAGCAGAGGUUUGUCAGGUUGCUGAACUACGCCAACAAAUUGAGUUAAAAGAAGCGGCUUAUGAAGAAUUGAGAAGGAAGAUAUCUAGGACACAGGGAAGUGGUGUUAACUUAGUGGCUUCAAAAGGCAUUGAAGUGGAGAGGGAGAUGCUUGAAGCAGAACACUCUUUCUUAACAGAUAAAGUGGGAUUGUUGCAGGAAAAGGCAAAGACACUAGAAAGUAGCAUUGCGACAACACAGCAUGAACUGGAAAACCCAACUGCAGUGGAAAUUGAGCUCAAGCGGAGGCUUAGUCAAUUGACCGAUCAUUUGAUUCAAAAACAAGCUCAGGUCGAGGCACUGUCUUCUGAGAAGGCCACAAUGACAUUUAAAAUUGAGGCGAUUUCAAGGUCGCUAGAAGAACACAAGUCUAUGCUAACUGAUUUUCCCGGUACCUCAUCAAUGGGUGAUUUGGAGUCUGGGUUGUGGGAACUCUCCAACUCAAAGUUGAGGCCUUUGUUUGAAGAAAGAAUGCGAUCAGGCCAGCAACAUUUAGGAUCUCUGAUUCGGCAGUUGGACUCCAUCUUCUGCACCGGAAUGGUGUUUCUUAGAAGGAACUCAAACGCAAAAAUAUUGUCUCUGGUUUACCUUGUUUUCCUUCAUCUUUGGGUCAUAUACAUUUUAAUGUCUCAUGCUCCUGUCUCUGAGGAUAGUAGUGGUGCCGUAAUUUCCUUGGAGAAUAUCAACAAAACGGGAGGCAUGUGAUAUCAUUUAUAGAUGCGUUGAUUCAUGUUCAUUGGAUCCAUCAUUUUUGUUUUGAGAUCCUUUUAGUGUCUCCAUCCCCUCUCAGCCAAAAACACAGAUGUAUAGAAAUGCACCAAUUUGUUAAACAAACCUCAGAUGGUUAUGUUUAUGUCAUCUAUGGGUGAUCCUCCUUGUAUAUCUAGGUCAAGGAAUGUAUAAGUUUUAAAGGUAGAUAUGCAUUUCAUGGCAAAUAGAAAUUCAUUGAUAUAGUUAUGGUAAUAAAUUCGAACAAUUCUUACUAA